CAGUAUUUUGUUAUAAAACGUUUUUUUCUAUUUUACUAUUAGUACAAAUAUCGUAAAUUUUCGUUUUAGUAAUAAGCAUCUUAAGAAAUAGAAAUGAAAUAUUUUAUCAAACAAAAUUUAAACGUUUUCAAAUGUAAGAUGCUCGAUGUUUUGAGUUUAAAAAAAAUUCUCGCUUCCGGUGUGAACGUAGUUCCAGAAACAUAAGAAAGUGUGCAUUUUCAUUUAUUUUCUGUCGUCAUUUUUGGCCACGGUUUCGUGUACGCGUUUAAUGAUAUUUAAUUUAUUUUGCGUUCGAUUGUAGUAGUGUGAAUCAAGUUCUUUCGUGAAAUUUUACCAUAUAACAUAGAGAAAGAAUUCGCGAGGCGCUUCGUCAUACAGAGGAAGGUUGGUUACCCCGGCUAGUCGCGUGUUUCGCUGGUGCCAGCUUCUUCGAAAGAUCAACAAUUCAUCCCAUCUGUGAACUCUCGUCCAGUGGGGCGCUACCAUUUUAUAUGACUUUAGCAAGAUAUAAAGAGGCAUCAGUACAGAGCGCGGAGAGCGGGCGGACUGUCGCGUCGGGAGCGCGCCGCUGCCGACGAGCGUGCAUGACGCUACACAACCCGAGCACCACUGCCCGCAGAGCAUCCAAGCUAAGCAGCAGUAGGCACCGGAAGCUGCUGCCGCUGCGGCAGACGUGACUGGCGCGCGCGCGGGUCCCCGCCCCGCCCGCUCCCCUGCCGCCCCCGCGCACCACGCGCACCACGCGCACCUCGCGCCUCUCGCUCUCUACUGCAGAUUCAGUGUCGCCAUCCAACCGUCUCGAGGACAAUUAGUUAGUUUUGUAGCAUAGCGUAGUGUAGCAUAAGGCCGUCGCCAUGGGGUCGGUCAACGUUAACCGGAAUGUGGCGGACGCAUUUUACCGCUACAAGAUGCCGCGCAUCUGCGCGAAGGUGGAGGGCAAGGGCAACGGCAUCAAAACUGUCAUCGUCAACAUGCCCGAAGUGGCCAAGGCGCUCGGCAGACCCGCCACUUACCCCACCAAGUACUUCGGGUGCGAGCUGGGCGCGCAGACCCAGUUCGAUUUCAAGAACGAGCGCUUCAUUGUCAACGGCAGUCACGACUCUGCCAAACUUCAGGACCUGCUGGACGGGUUCAUUCGCAAGUUCGUGCUGUGCCCGGAGUGCGACAAUCCGGAGACGGAGCUGAUCGUGUCGACGAAGAAGAACAGCAUCUCGCAGGGUUGCAAGGCGUGCGGCUACCACGGCGCCCUCGAGUUCAACCACAAGCUCAAUACGUUCAUAUUGAAGAACCCGCCCGCCGCUGACCCCAGCGUACAGGGCUCGUCGCUGACAGAGGGCAACCGGGGAAAACGCUCCAAGCGCUCCGGCCCACCCGCCAACGGCAACCACGACGGCCAGGAGAACCAUGAUGCCAAAAAUGAGGGCGACGCACCAAUAACCCCGACUACACCCAAUCCCAGCAGCAAGAAGGACAAGAAAGACAAGUCGAAACAUGGUGACGAUGACGACGAUGGCACUUGGACUGUUGACGUCAGCGAGGAGGCCGUGCGUGCGCGCAUGCAAGAUCUGACGGAGGGCGCUAAGAGCAUGACGCUGUCCGAGGACACGGAGAAGAACGAGAAGCAGCGCAUGGAUCUGUUCUACGCGUUCGUGAAGCAGCGCGCCGACAGUGCCGCCGCCGAGGGCAGCAAGGCCGUCUCCGACAUCGUGCACGAGGCCGAGCGGCUGGAGGUGCGUGAGAAGGCGCCGCUGGUGGUGUUCGAGGUGCUGGUGCGGCCGAACUCGCUGGCGGCGGACGUGAAGAAGCAGCGUCCUCUGCUGCUGCGUCUGACGCGCGGCGAGCCCCGCGCCCAGCGCGCCGUGCUCAAUGCGCUCACCGCACUCUGCGCGCUGCAUCAGAACCUGCUGCCCAAGGUGCCGGCGAUACUAAAGCUGCUGUACGACACGGACAUAAUAGAGGAGCGCGCGGUGCUGGACUGGGCGGCCAAGCCGUCGCGCAAGUACGCGCCCAAGGAGGUGGUGACGGAGGUGCGCCGCCGCGCUCAGCCCUUCAUCGAGUGGCUCACCGAGGCCGAGGAGGACAGCGACGACGCGCAAGACGCCCAGCCCGACGACCUCGACGUCGAGUACGACGACCGCGCGCCGCUGCGACCCGCCGCCGCGACCGUCGCGCCCACCGCACCCACCGCCGCACCCCCCGCCGACGACGGCGAGGAUGACGUCGACAUCGACGCCAUCUAAGUCUGUGAUGCAGCACCGCCCCCCGCGCCG